CGACCACUCAUUUCCUUCUUGGAUCGAAGAGGGGAGGAGUUUAACAAAGAGGGAAGGGGGUCGUUCCCGAAAUGUGUGUUUGGCCCUCGUUAUUAAAUAGCCCCCCAGUAAUGCUAUCGACACGGAUGCGAUCUGACGACCAAUCCGCCGAAAUACGCAAACGUGUGACGAUGUUUUAGCGGUCACUCAUCCACAAGGUUUCAUGUCUGUGUAGCCGGGAGAUUUCUUCAGUCGGGGAUUGCACAUUGCGACCACAUACAACCCAGAACCGCUGAAAGUUAAAAACAACAUAGCAACUCGGGCUGUUAACGAUGGAUAUGAUUAACUUUCUCAUUGGCACCUUACUGCUGUUCCUUCAGUCGGUCGUCCUGUCGUCAACUUCAUUACAGCCAUAUGAUCUGCUGUAUGACAACGCGAUUGAUGCUUUCCACCGAGGGGACUAUGAGAAUGUGGUGCGGUAUAUGGAGGGAGCGCUGAGCAGCUUCGCGGAACUCCGGCGCACCAAGAUCCAGUGUCGGCUGACAUGCAAGGACCGACAUCGCUUUGACGCGAACCCCUUCUCCGAUCUGAAAUUCUUUGAUGUGAUUUUACGGAGAGCCUCCUGUCUGAACGAGUGCACGGAGAUCAAACUGGGGCCGCAGUCCAUGCACAAAGUCAGCGAGGAGAUCAUCCAGGAUUUCAACCGGAGGAUACCCUACAACUACCUACAGAUGGCCUAUAUCAAGUUAUCGAGGCUGGAUGAGGCAGCCUCCGCGGCCCACACCUAUUUCCAGGCGAACCCGGAACAUGUGGAGAUGGGUCGCAACCUGGAGCAGUACCGGAGCCUGGAGGGAGUCGACCCCACACUGUUCAUCGACCGAGAAGCACGACCGCACCAGAAAGCGUUUGCGGAGGGCGUGCGGCUGUACGAGAAGGGGAACUACUGGCAGGCCAUUCCCCUCUUCGAGGAGGCUCUGACGCACUACUACCGCGCCGAUGAGCAAUGCCGCGCGCUCUGCGAGGGGCCCCAGAGGUUCCUGGACCAGGACCACACCCUGUAUCGAUACAGCCUCUACGAACUCAUCUCAGAUCACUACACGCAGGUGCUGCACUGCGAGCACGAGUGUGUGAGAGAUCUGGCUACUCGUCCCGGUCGCCUGUCACCCAUGGAGAAUUACCUGCCGCUGCACUACGACUACCUGCAGUUUGCAUACUUCAAAGAGUCUCGUUUCCAGGAGGCCUUGGCGUGUGCUCACGCGUACCUGCUGUUCCACCAGGGAGACGAGUUCAUGACGGAGAAUGUGGAGUUCUACAUCGAGCAGCUCGGGCACGACGAGAAGCCACGAGAGGAGGCUGAAGUUUACUACAGCCGGCAUCAACAGGAGCUAGAGCUAUUGAAGGUCGGCAGCCAGAACAUGGGCUUGGAAUACAGCGAGGGGCAAUACUGGAGCAGCUCGGGUGGCCGGGAGGAUGCUAACAGAAUCCCAUCGAGCACUGAUGGUUGGAUGGAAUAUGUGCCAAUCACAGAGAGGAAAAACACCACAGUGACUGUAGUCCAGGAACUCAGGGAAGGAGGUCCGCUGCUGUAUGAGAAGGUGAAGCUGGUUCAGAACUCGGAGGCCCUUAACGGAACGCAGCGAGUUCUCAUAGACGACGUCAUCUCUCCUGACGAGUGUGAACAGCUGAAGGGCCUGGCCCACGCGGUGACCAUAGCUGGGGACGGCUACCGAGGGAAGAUGUCGCCACACACCCCCAACGAGAAGUUCGAAGGCGCUACAGUGCUAAAGACCCUUCAGUUUGGCUAUGAGGGCCGUGUGUCACUGCAGAGUGCCCGCCUGUUCUACGACGUGAGUGAGAAGGCUCGCAGGAUAGUGGAGUCCUAUUUCAUGCUCAACGCCACGCUGCACUUCUCCUACACACACCUUGUCUGCAGGACUGCUAUCACAGGACAGCAGGACCACCGGAACGACCUGAGUCACCCCAUCCAUGCUGACAACUGCCUACUGGACCCUGAGGCCAACGAGUGCUGGAAGGAGCCGCCAGCAUACACCUCCAGAGAUUACAGUGCUCUGCUGUACCUCAAUGGAGACUUUGAAGGAGGCGAGUUCAUCUUCACAGAGAUGGACGCCAAGACAGUCACUGCUCAGGUGAAGCCGCGGUGUGGGCGCAUGGUGGGCUUCUCCUCAGGGGGGGAGAACCCUCACGGGGUGCGGGCCGUCACCAAGGGCCAGCGGUGCGCUGUGGCACUCUGGUUCACCCUCGACCCCCUCUACAGGGAACUGGAGAGGCUGCAGGCAGAUGAAGUGGUGGAGGCCCUGGACAGGAUGGUGCACUUUGACCCCGAGAACCAAAUCAACCCCAAAGACGAGUUGUAGCACCGCAUCAACCCCAAAGACGAGUUGUAGCACCCAACAGUCGACUCAAAUCAUUAUCUAUUUAUUUCAGGAUGGUGUGAUGAGAACAGUUCUAUUUUUCUAUUGUGUGAGAAAGAGAGCGUGUGGGAGUGAUCAAUUGUUUCAUGGUUUGUGUGUGUGUGUGUGUGUGUGUGUGUGUGUGUGUGUGUGUGUGUGUGUGUGUGUGUGUGUGUGUGUGUGUGUGUGUGUGUGUGUGUGUGUGUGUGUGUGUUUAGUUAUUUUAAGUUUAUUUUAAGUGCACAGCAGCUUUGCAUCUUCACAUGUCCUUCCGCUGUUGUGCCUGACCAGUCACUGUGUCCAUCCACAAAGUCUCACGACUUUGUAGAAAAACUGAAUUGAAAAAAGACUCAACACUGUGCCUAGACUUUAGUUCAUUUUAGGACUAUAGUAGUGUAUGAGCAGUCAAGUUUAAAUGCUGCAUUAUCAACAGCUAGUUUGGUUUUGAGAUAUUGUCGUUUUUACUUUGAUAUUUGAAGCCUUGUCUGCAAGUCAGGAAACCAGAGAUUGGAAAAGCAGAAGUAACACUUGUUCUUGGUGUCUGUCAGUUAGAGUGAAGGUCAUGUAACAACAUUGAGAGACAUUUAACCACAUUCACCUGCACACAGCCUGCUAGCUAAAUAGCCCAUACUAACAUGUUAAACUGCACAAGCAGCGACGACACACGCCAACACCAAAGACACGUCACUGUAUGUUUAAGGACACAUGGAUACAAGGCUAGUGUUAUCAACACAUUUCUUUUCUCGCACUGUAAAACGUACCUACUCACUGAGCCUUGAAGACACAUUUUUAAUACUCUUAAACUUGGAGGACUCAUAUUCCAGGCUAUGCAAUCAUGCACCUAUUCAUAGAUAGGACAAAGACAACAUCAAGAGCAGUUAUCAUUCUGUCUUAUCAUCUUCUGUCAUCAAGAGUGGCAUCUAUUAACAGCAGAAAGACAUUUGGGAGUCAGGAGGUUGUCCAAGUCUAACAAGGACACAAUGGUGUUUAUGUGUCAGGGGUCAGCCUAUGUUCCCACAGUCUCCUCAUUUCUAAGAAUUUGUUUUCAAUAUGUUUUUAUUAUUAUUAGGCCUAUGCUCCCUCAGCUCUAUUUUCCUCAGCCAGCCCUGUGUUCCCUCUUUCUCUUUCCUGUCUUUUUUUUUAACCUUCACCGAGGAGGUUAUGUCUUCCGUCGUGUCGGUUUGUCCGUCCGUCUAUCUGUCACCAGGGUAACUCAAAAAGUCAUUAACGGAUUUUGACGAAAUGUUGUGGAGUCGUUGGAAAAGACAAAAAGAAAAAGUGAUUACAUUUUGGUGGUGAGGAACUUUUUUAGUAGAUUUUUCACCAUUGCGGGAUAGGGCGAACUUUGACAUUCCAGUUUCUAAUUCCACAAAAACAAGGCAGAAAGACUAAAAAAAUACUGUGUAACAUAGUCAAAUGUGCUGUCAAACAGCUUUGACAGGAGGACUGCACUCUCUGAGUGCAUUUCUAGGUUUUGUAUUGCUAUCAAAUCGUUUUUAUUUUUUUUAUUGCACUGAAACAGUGGCCUGAACAGUGGUUGAAAUACUACUCGAGUUCUGCUUGAACAGUGGCCGAGUUACCGCUAUUUAUAAGAUUAUGAAAUAGUUAUCUUCUUGGUGUGUGAAGUGAAAUGUAUUACCUAUUUAUCUACCUUACCUAAAAUUCUUAUGAACACACCCUUUCAAUACAUUAUGACAUAUUUAUUACUUACACUACUGAAAAGAAACGUGUAAUGUGGAUACAAUUUCAUGCCAAAUCUGGAAGACGAAAAAAAAGUUAAAGCUAAAAGGCUGACGGAGCAAGGAGCCAUGGAUACAUAGAGCUGUGGGAACAUGGAGCUGUUGGAACACACAUAGGCCUAGAUCUGUGGGAACAUACAUAUUGUAGAGCUGUGGGAACAUACCGUAUAGCCAUGGGAACAAAGGGAUGUGGGAACAUGGCCUCCUCUCAUUUGUCACAUGCAUAGAAAUACUGAGAGAGUAUAACAUGCAGUAAUGUGAAUUUCACAAGUUUACCAUUAUCUGACUGAAACCCCUUGUAAGAACAGUAGCAACCACACCAUGAUGGUAGUUGUGAAGUUUUUCCUUUUUUGUUGUUGCUUUUGUUUUGUUUGUUUGAUUUAUUGAGAUUUCGUACGUCAGUCUUUUGUUCACUUUCAAAUAUAUGUGAAUGCCUGCCUGUGUGUGUGUGUGUGUGUGUGUGUGUGUGUGUGUGUGUGUGUGUGUGUGUGUGUGUGUGUGUGUGUGUGUGUGCGUGUGCGUGUGCGUGUGUGCGUGUGCGUGUGUGUGUGUGUGUGUGUGUGUGUGUGUGCAGCAAUGGCUGAUCAUUGUGGAUAUUCUUUCACACAUGUUCACGCUUGUGGAAGACAACGUGCAACACAUGAGCAGCACAGGGACCUGUGUGACUAAUAAGGUAGAACCAGUGUUGCCAGAUUGGCCAGUUUCCCGCCCAAUUGUGCUGCUUGGGAUGGCUGUCUGCGGGUAAAAAUGGGCAUUUUGCGAUUUUCCUGUAGAUGUGUGGCCAUAGAAAUCAAUACACAAUUUGGUUGAAAUUGGUCAGGAUUUAGUUUUUGAGCUUUCUUUUUGAGCUGGAAAUUAUCAGGCACAUCUGGCAACCCUGUGUAGAACACAUGAGCAAAGGGACCUGUGUGAAAGAGAUCUGCCUUCACAGCUGUCAGCAUUUGAUAUAAGGAGCUUUUGCAAUAAAAGUGCUUAUUUAUUCCUGUUUCAAGGAAUUUGAACUAUAAUGUGGCAUAUAAAUGUCCUUUCUUUUCAAAAAACAAAUGUCUAGUCAUACUGGCCAGUUUAGAUGCAAUGUUUGUGUUUCAUUUAGUAAGGAAGUCUCCGGUACUACGCUCGCAGUCACACUCGCUUAUAGAUCACGGUUCACUUUUUGAUGAGGAGGAUGGCCACUUUUGUGUCUCUAUUUUAAUUAUUAUUAAGUAUUUAAGUAAUCAACAACUCACUGCAAAAAUUGAGACUUUGUAAUAAAUAAAUAUAUAAAUUAAAGAUUUUCA